AGAAUUUGUUGUUAUUUGGUUGUAAUAAUUUAUCGCGGGUGUUCUGCUUAGUUGAUGAAAAAAAAGAAAAACUUUCUACGCUGCAAAAUUGCAGCUAGAAAAAGUAGGACUCGCGAAAAACACCCAAAAGAGUUAUAAAAUGCCGAGUGUAGAAAAUUAAUUUGGAAAUUAAAAUUACUUACAGUGCAAGUGAUUAUGCCACUACCGUACACACGAUUCUACUCGUACAAAAGUGAAAAAAUACAUAUUGCAGACCUUUCAAAGCAGCAACAACAACCAUACUUAGUGCAAUAGACUGGCGAGUGACAAGUGACAAAUUUUAAAAUAUGCGCUUCAAUAGGUCGAGUUUAAUGACAUUAGCCUCAAACCCAGCAACGAAAUUUGAGAAGGAAGGACUAUUGAUUAUCACCGAACGUCAAGAAGGAUUCUUUCGUCGUGUUGAUGUGAAUUACCCACGUUGGUGUAAACUACGUGGCAAUUUGUUAUUUUAUUUAAAGGAUCGCGAUCCGCAAUCACCUCCCUCUGGAUUGCUGGUGCUUGAAAACUGUCGACCAUUGAUACGUAACGAGGAGCGUGAAUUCGAUGGUUUCGCUUUCAUUUUAGAAUUCGAAGGCAGUCAACCACAGCGCAUUUCCACACGCACAGCUAAAGAGCGCCUCGAGUGGGUAAAGUGCAUCCAGUUGGCUUCCUCUGCAUAUUUAGAUCGUCAAAUUAAAUAUCUACAAGAUCAGAUCUUCAUUAAAAUGGGCAAUCGCAUCGCAGGGGGUGUAUCACCUGUGGGGACGCUAACAACGGCCAGUGAUGCGCUUUUAUUAAAUGCUGCACGCAUUGGUAGCGGUGCGUCUGCAACGACAAUACAAAGCGCUAUAACCACCAAAGUGGAAGAAGACCUCGCCGAGAUACCGAUCUGUGAGUCUGCCUUAUCCUGUGAUAGCUUGCCGUGUGGCGAUCACGGACGACUGCCCAAUACCCGCGUGGUUUGCUCGUCGCUCUCCCCAGGUGAUACGAUGCUGUGGCGCGAUUUUGCAGGUACUGAAAUCGUCGAGCGCUCUGCAAAUCCGCAAUUCUUGUGCACCAUCCGAUUUAAGCGAAGUGAUGGUUUUACGGCAAAUACAUUGUUGCGUUUUACUGUGUACGAUGUACGCGAACGGUUGUCGCACACCGCCGUGCCACUCGCCUUUGCUGAGGUGGCAUUAGGUGUCAUACAAGAUGCAACGCGUUUUCGCAUUCCUCUACGUGCAAUGGAUGGCGAAUGCGGCUUUAUAACGAUUGCAUCAUGGGCUCCAGAGACAGAUCGACAAUCGCCACCACGUUCCACGACGCAAGUGUUUGAGGAGCAAACGAAAGGCCAUCGACGCUCACAGUCUUUACCUCCCAAACUAGGCGUUAAGUUAUUUGUACCUUUUCAAGGACUUUUGCAAGCAGUAUUCGCAAAUCCAUUGAUUCACACAUAUCGUUUACACUCGAGCAUGGGAGGCGACAUUAGUGUUCAUGAAACGCUGCUUGAGAGCAAAUACAGCUUCUCAAUACCUCAGCAAUUGCUCUCUAUAUGGAUACUGCGUGAAAAGGAGUUAUUACAAGAAAUCUCUGGAAUGGGCGAGUUAGGUGGCGAGUGGCGACGGCGUCAAAUGGACUUACUUGAUAAACAUCUUAAAUUACUGAAAGACUAUUCGCAAGCGAAACAAAAUCUGCAGCAAAUUACAAAGGAGGAAGGUCCGCACUUCAAACGUUCCUCCGUAAAGACUGAUGAGUCGCUCGAGUUUGUUCCAGUCAAUUUGCACUUGCAACGAAUGUGGGCACAGAAUGAUACGCUGAAUCGGUCUGGUGUGCUAGACAUUAUAACAGUUGGUGCGUUUACUCGCCAUGCAACCAAUGGACGCACUGGAGGCCUUAUAAAACUUCUGCAAGAAACCAAAGAUUCGCCAUCGAAAUUUGAACAGGGCAACGCAUGCAAAGUGCAAGCCGCCAAUGACGCCGUACAGGCCAUUAAGCAGCUACGCAAAGAGAUCGUCGAAAUAAUGUCCCAAUUGCUUUUACUCGCAAAAAGUAAAAACCCGAAAGGUAUGAUGCCUUUAUGUAAUGAAAUGAUCACAAAAACCAAAACGCUGUUGAAUAUUUGGGAACCCAACCUGGUCGAAGAGGCUUUCGCAUUUGUGGAGCAACAUCGCAUCAUUGACGAACCAGAUAAUGUGUUGAUGCCAAUGUCACCGUUUCGCAAAAUCACGCAACAACUCUGCGCUUUGGAUUUGAAAUCACCAGAGCUGGAAGAUUUUGCCACACCCAUUGUGGCGCCCCCUGAUCUCUGGCCUCGCACAAAAACAUCUACGGGCUUUGCUGGUUGUACAGGCCGUCCAUUGGUUCGUUCCAAUAGCCUCUGCCUGCGUCCGUCACCCUCAACAAUGGACAUAAACGCCAUACAUGCGCUUCAUCGCACUGUAAAAACAUACAACGAACAACUACGUAAUCGUGCUGUCAUUGCCAACACUGUAGCUGCAGCUGAAAAUGAUUCUGAGAUGGAAGCUACAUUCCAAUCCCUACCCGUACACUUAAAUGAUACCAUAUCUGACAUGGCAUUUAACGACGGGCACUUUAGUGUUGCUGAUGGCGAGAAUGUCAGCAAUCGUUGUGCAGGCUCAACGCUUCAAUUGAUUGACCUAGAUGAUGUUGAUGUUGCGCAACCUGCCUUCGUAGGCAACAUGCCCACUUCGCAUGCGUUUACUCCGGGUGAGAGUAAUCCGAACUUCUAUACGCACAUGGAUCCGGAAUCGGAUGUAGAUCAUAAUUCUACCACAAUACACCACCAUGGUAGUUUCCUCGAUACAAAAAUUAUGAGUUCUUCUCCUUCGGCAAACUACUAUCGGCCGACCGAGGAACCAGAGCCGCUCGAUCUUACGCAAUUGAACAUCGAGGCGAGCGUAAUGUGUUUGGUGAGCAAAAUAAAGUUUCUCUGUGGCCGUUGUGGUAGCCCAGCAAUACGUCUGCGCCAUCCAAAAACCAAUAUGAAGCGCGCAGGAUUCACGCAUUCGCCUGUGCCUCCGGAUCUUGUGGCUAGCCAAAAUAAAGUUGCCGAAACCCUAGAAACUGAUACGGUCGCAGAUGAAGGGCAGACGAAUGACAACGGCAAUGGUCUUAAUUUGGAUUUAACGCAAGAUGUUAAUGCGCAAACACAUCAGUCGACAGCAGAUAUGGAAACAAUCCUGGCGCCCAAAAAAGGCAACAAAUUCACGGACGGUCUCGACUUAUCGCUUACGACUGACUGGGCUUCCGAGCUGCGCCCCUCAAUGCGCAAACUACGCCAUGCUAUGGACGGUCUGCUGAAAACGGCGCGCCUGAUGCACUCUGUGCAGCGCCUACAACAGGACAUGAAGCGCAACAGCAUCAAUUUAGAAAUCAUGUAUCGACGGGAUGUGUGCUUUUCACAAGCUUUAACAGCACUAAUUAGCGCACUGAUGGCCAAACUGUGGGGCAGUGAAAUAACCGAAAACUUUAUAAAGAUUCUCAGGGAUUUAGGACCAUUAGCAUACUUUGAAGGAUUGCUGUCGCUGUAUGGCAACGAGACGGAUAUGUGGGGUGAUAUGUGCAUCGCCAUCGAAGAUCUUUCAGCGGUGAAUUUCACGCUUACGCGAAGUAGCACACAAAACAGCGAUGAACGCACACUAGUGCCUCUGCCACGUGUUGUCGGUUCACGACAAUCACUAAACGUCUUGCUGCCGGUUCCGGAACACGUGUAUGCCAUUAUGCCAACGCAGGAGACGCUUACUUUCAAGCUUACUCCGGUUUUCUUCAAUAUCGGCAUUAACGAGAAGGCAACACUCGCCGAGACGUUGGGGCAAACACGCGAGCAACAUCGUUCCAAUUGGGAUAACUUUGUGCGUCUGAAACAGUAUUACAGUCGAUAUCGUAAACUGCAACUAGUUACACCAGAUACGCCCAGCAAGCAGGAACCACAUCCGCCAGCAACACAAGCGCUUGCCAAUAUACUCAGACUCAUGGAGGAGCAGCUGCGUUCUAAUGUAUCGAAAAAUGUGAAAAUUUUACACUUGGCCGAGGAUGCGUGUCGUCUGAUGUCGGGUUUGCGUUUUACCUCAUGUAAAAGUGCCAAAGACCGUACGGGUAUGUCGGUAACAUUGGAGCAAUGUCGCGUGCUGGUGCAAGAAUUUCAUCUGCCUGCCAAAAGCGUACCACACGUGCUAAGCACAAUGCGGAGCGAGGGUACCCGCAUGGAUAAUGUAUUUAAGAAUAUCGAUAAGCGUAAGUACGCGUUCAAUCUGCCACAGAUGCUCUCACUGCCGGCUAUGUACCGGCCACCAGCAGGUUCCUAUCGCAAGGUAGAGACUUAAAAGCGAGGAAUAUGUGCAAGAUAAAGCAAAAAACAAGCGGCAAGACUUAAGCCAUUCAAAUAGGCAGUAGAAAGUAAUUACAUAUAUCACAAUAAGUAAUGGAAUGAAAAUUUUUAAGUAGGAACCUUUAUUAACCUCAUAAGUUAGUUGGAAAAUGGAUAAAACCAAAAACAGAACCUCAAGUAUAAAAUUAAAAUUAACUGAUUAUAUUAAUAGUUAAAAAAAAAUGUAACAAUAGGAAUGACUUACAGAGUUUGAGUGCUCACAGUUCGCUUCUAGAAUUUCCAUAUUCUGAUUUUAGAAGCAUAUCAAAGGGAUUAUGUGUACAUCUUAUUUGGUAUUUCCGGCUAAAAUUAUGAAGUUAUUAGCCUUUACAACGCAAAGAAAUGAACAAUUAAAUCGGCAUGUGGCAAAAUGUCACAAACUAAGUAGAUGCUAAAAUUGAUGCAACAAAUAUCACCAAUUGUGAGUGCUCUAACCUAAAAAUAAAAAAUAAAUAAUUGGCGCGUACAGUUGUGGAAGGUGUUUGGUCGAGCUCCUCCUCCCAGUUGUGGUGUGCGUCUUGAUGUUGUUCUACAUAUGGACCUUACACCUACACUUGUGAAAAUAAUCUCACUUUAGCACAAAAUAAGAGCAGAUGAAGUAAGCAGUGCAGUGACAUUUAAUUCAUUUGCCCAAAAAUCGCACAUCUGCAAUAAGCAUUUUGUCUUAAAAAAUACUUGCAAUUGCGAAAAUUCUAGGUUUUAAAAUCUAUCUCUAUAGUCAAUCAGGCUACUAUUUCUGAAAACUACAUCAGCCAGUAAUUAGAGGUAUAGAGAAAAGUGCUACUUAUAACUUUUGGUUUAUCAUUCUAAUUACCCAAAAAAAGCUUCAAGUAUUCUCGAAAAACAAGGUGAGGUCCAAAAUAAACAAUACUGGCGUCAUAAAAAUGUUUUUGAUGGCGCCAUCUUUUUAAUGAGUUAGUGCGUUGAAAGAUACAUCCCUAGCUGACUUCCAGUGAAAGCUUAGUGCCAUUCGGUUCAGUGGAAGCGAAGUUAUUGCGUCUAAAGUUUCAGUAUGUUUGUGUCAUCGGUACCAAAAUGAGUUUCGAUUAAAGGGCUAAUAUCAAAUUUUGUUUUAAAAUCGGUAAAACGUUUACUGAAACAUUUGAAUUGGUGAAAAAAGUUUAUGGCGAUGAUUGGCUAUCUCGUGCCAGAGUUCAUGAGUGGCUUACACGUUUCAGAGAUGGUUGUGAGGACAUAUAGUAAAUGACAUAAACAUACGGGUCGCCCGAAAUCAGUAAUCACCAAGUAAUCAAAACUCCAUCGAAAUUGUUCGUAAAUUUGUCAAAAAUGAACCGAAAUCAUCGUUGAAAUUCAUGGAAUCGGAGUUGAAUAUCUCCAAAACAUCGAUUCAUCGUAUUUUAACUGAUCAUUUGGGCUUACGAAAGGUCUGUGCACAUUUCAUUCCGCACAAGUUAUCUGAGGACCAAAAAUUGCUCAGAAUUCAACAUUCAAAAUACCUCACUAAAGAGGCGAGAAAAGACGAGAACUUCCUUUACAACAUUGUAACUGGUGAUGAAACGUGGUGUUGCCAACAUGAACCUCAAACUAAGCGUAAAAGUGCCGAAUGGAAGGCCCCAGAUGAGCCACCACCCAAAACAUCACGUUUGGAGAA